GGCCCGCGGCGGCCGCCCAUGGACAAGGCCGGGCGCGGCGGCGAUGGCGCCCCCAGAGGGCCGGUCCUGCACAUCGUGGUGGUCGGCUUUCAUCACAAGAAGGGCUGCCAGCUCCUUAGUCCAACAUCUGAAAUGGGACAUUUGCAAUCUAUUGAAAACAAAGGAACAAAGCAGAAACCAUAUUGUUGAAAGAGCGAAUCAACCUUGGAAGGCAAUGAUGUCAUAAUGUGCGAGUGAACAUUGAAAUGCUUUCUUGAACGAUUGAAAAUACCGAUUGCUACCACGAGGUAAUGUAGCAUUUGGUGUCUUGCCUUUCACAGAAAAUGUAACAUUUAGAAGGGUUAAUUGGCAAAAGUUCAGUUCCUUUUAGAGAAUGAGAACAGAAAAAGUGACCAGGGGAGUGAAAAGAUGAUUGUGUGUAUGUUUUAAAGACUUUAAGAUAUUAUCUCCCUCAUCUCUUAGGUAAAAGUUAUAUAGAAAGACACCAAGGAGGAAGUGGUUUUAUUUCAGUGUGUACUGGAAGAUUUUCAGUACUUUAAAAUUCUGUACUGUAAAGUGACCAGUUGUUUUCUUUUGGAUGUGGGUGAAGUAAUUGGAAAUUGUAGGAGGUAAAAUGAUCUUACUGUGGUCACACUACAAAACAUUCCUGGAGUCAAAACUAGUAUUCCUUCCUGCUACAUGUGUUCAUUACACUGUGGGAUUGCAGGAGUCCUCAGGGUGAAGAAGGAGGUGGAAGCCCUUCAGAACGAUACUGAAUGGAGCUUUGACAAAAGAAGAAAGUAUGUAUAUUGGUAGAUUAGAUAAAAUCUCUUAAUUUUUGCUGUCAUCUGAAAAUCAAGAUUGUUAUGUUUUCUACAUACUUAAUUGGUGGAAAUAAUAUAAUUUAUAUUUCCAGAAAGGAAGCAACAUGCAGUGCUACUUAGAGAUUAGAGAAAAUGGAACAACAGAUUGUCAGAGGAGAGAGGCACUUGGGACAGAAAUAGCAUGCUGGGUACUAUGGCCUUUCAUCUGGCUUCUGGUUUCAGCACUGCGGAAAAGGUUGAAUUCUCUUACCCGCCGCUGAUUCCAGGAGAUGGACAUGACAGCCACACUUUACCUGAAGAAUGGAAGUAUUUGCCCUUCCUUGCCUUACCAGAUGGUGCACAUAACUACCAGGAAGAUACUGUGUUUUUUCACUUGCCACCCAGAAAUGGAAAUGGAGCCACAGUGUACGGUAUUUCUUGCUACCGACAGAUUGAAGCCAAGGCAUUGAAAGUAAGGCAAGCCGAUGUCACCAGAGAGACCGUUCAGAAAAGUGUCUGUGUUCUAAGCAAGCUGCCUCUCUAUGGCUUACUUCAAGCAAAACUUCAGCUCAUUACACAUGCAUAUUUUGAAGAGAAGGAUUUCUCCCAAAUUUCCAUUCUAAAGGAGCUUUAUGAGCACAUGAACAGUUCCUUGGGAGGAGCUUCAUUAGAAGGAUCCCAAGUAUAUCUUGGUCUGUCUCCUCGAGAUCUUGUCCUUCAUUUUCGACACAAGGUCUUAAUCCUGUUUAAAUUAAUUCUUCUUGAAAAAAAGGUUCUUUUUUAUAUUUCUCCAGUGAAUAAAUUGGUGGGUGCACUGAUGACUGUGUUAUCCCUUUUUCCAGGGAUGAUCGAACAUGGUCUCAGUGACUGUUCUCAGUACAGACCCCGAAAGAGUAUGUCUGAAGAUGCUGGGCUUCAGGAAAGUAAUCCCCCUGCAGAUGAUUUCGUUUCUGGGUCUGCUUCUGACAUUUCAAAUGCCAACUUGGGACCUAUCAAGACAAUCAUGGCAGAAAACCAUGGAGGAGAUGCUGCCAUCAAGACCAAACAGCCAUUGUUCCAAGUAGAAGAUGACAGCAAGAAAGGACAGAAACCCAGUAGUACUAAUCAAUAUUUGAAACCUCCAUCUCAUCCAUCUCCAGAGUCUUCAGAAAGUGACUGGGAGACAUUGGAUCCUAGUAUCUUAGAGGACCCCAACUUGAAAGAAAGGGAACAGUUGGGGUCUGAUCAGACAAGCUUAUUUCCAGAAGACUCUGUGCCCUCAGACAGUCCUCCAAUUACUGUACAACCUCAAGCUAAUACUGGGCAGGUGGUCCUGAUACCAGGGCUCAUUUCAGGUUUGGAAGAAGACCAGUAUGGCAUGCCCUUGGCCAUCUUCACAAAGGGAUAUCUUUGUCUGCCUUAUAUGGCACUGCAGCAGCACCAUCUCCUUUCUGAUGUCACCGUUAGGGGGUUUGUUGCUGGAGCUACGAACAUCCUUUUUCGACAACAGAAACACCUCAGUGAUGCCAUUGUGGAAGUAGAAGAAGCUCUGAUCCAGAUCCAUGAUCCAGAACUCAGGAAGCUGCUUAACCCAACCACUGCAGACCUAAGGUUCGCAGAUUACCUAGUGAGGCACGUGACUGAGAACCGGGAUGAUGUCUUCCUAGAUGGCACAGGCUGGGAGGGAGGUGACGAGUGGAUCCGGGCCCAGUUUGCAGUCUACAUCCAUGCCCUGCUGGCUGCCACACUGCAGUUAGAUAAUGAAAAGAUGUUAUCAGAUUAUGGGACAACUUUUGUUACAGCGUGGAAGAAUACUCACAACUACAGGGUAUGGAACAGCAAUAAGCAUCCAGCACUUGGAGAAAUCAAUCCAAACCAUCCAUUUCAAGGCCAGUAUUCAGUGUCAGACAUGAAGUUAAGAUUCUCACAUUCUGUUCAGAACAGCGAACGUGGCAAAAAAAUUGGAAAUGUCAUGGUCACAACCAGUCGGAAUGUUGUACAAACAGGAAAAGCUGUUGGCCAAUCAGUGGGAGGAGCUUUUUCCAGUGCCAAGACAGCUAUGUCUUCAUGGCUGUCUACUUUCACCACUUCUGUCCCACAGAGUCUUCCUGAGCCACCUAAUGGGAAGCCCUGAGUCCGGCAGGGGAGGCUGCAUUGCUUUCUUGGGUGUGAGCACUCCUUGUCCAUCUGCUGCUCCCAGACUCUUCUUUAUCAGCAUGGCCCACAGCAGGGGACCAGGGACAUUGAACUGUUCACAUGGAUGGUUGCACUGUUCAGAUGAAUGCCACAGGAUGUUGAAAAGAUGAAAUCACAACCAUAGCAGUGAUGGCUUCCCAGGUCGAGGUUUAAAUUGACUACUUUUAUUUCAUUCUGAGCCUGAUUAAAAAAAAUGAACCUUGUAAUGAAUUUAAGUUUUGAGAAUGUACAUUUGUUUACUUUAGAAAAGUUUUUUCAAGUGUAUAUUUUGUUCUGUUUUGAUGUUUGAAUAUCUAGAUGACCACUGUAAUUUAUACUUACUAAAAUUAAGUUAUAUUACUGUUUUAAUUUCUCUGAAGUUGGCCUUAAAAUGUGCACAUAAAGUUUCGGGGCUGUACAAUCCACGCUUACUCUUUUCCUGAGUUUUAGGAUUACUUUUUUUUUUUUGUUUUGUCUUCUACCCACAAAAUACACUUACCAAUUCACUUCUUCAGAGAACCAUGAAAGUCAUAGGGGUAGGAUCUGAGGAUAGGGUAUCUUGUUUUGUGUUUUUAACUUGAUCUUUGCUGACAAACUUGCUUUGAGGCACGAAGGAAAGGCACUCUGCUUUCCUUUUCUGACUGCCAGUGAGCGUGCCAGGAGAGCAUGGUGGGCAUGGUGGUGUUGAAGCAGUGUGACGUGAUGUCUCUAGGCAACACUUUCAAAUACCCACGUGUAACUUCAUCAGCUCAGUCAUGUUGCAGUCCUUACUAGCACCUUUUUUUUGUUGUUGUUAAACCCAAAGUUUGUGCCUUCUGUUUCUUCUUUUGAACAGUUUUCUAUUGGGUGUUGAGAGACCUAAGGGUUUUCUCUUAGUCUUAUUCUUCAUCAAGAUUUUCAGGGAACUGGCCUUUCUUAUUUCCCUGAUGGAAAAAUCCUCCUGUAGUCAAUUUCUGCCUCUUUCUAAUCAUAUUUAAAAAAGUAAAAUGACCCAAGAAUAUUAAACAACUCAACUAGAUUCACAUUUUGAAAAGGAAGAGGCAAGAGAAGAAAACUACAGCCAUCCUGCCAGCUACCUGUUUGGUAAAGGGUGUCUAGUUUCAUGGUACUAUGUGCAUGUGUUUCCCUACUUCUGAUUUGUGCCCAGCAGGAGUUCAUGUGUUGGCAAUGUUCAGCUCCUGUUUGCUGUUCAAGGACACUUGAAUGGGUGCUGUCAGGGAGUACCUAUGGGAAGCAGUUGCCUUUUCAGAAACAAUACACACAUCUUCUACAUAUGGUGUAUAAGGAUAUUUGGGAAAUAAGGGGCCUAAUUAAGGGCACAGUGACUGUCUUUGAUUUGUCCUUAUGUUUAUGAGUAAAAUCAUCCUAAUGCAUGCGAAAAGAACAUAGGGGCAUCAUCUAAACACCCCUGAAAUUUUCCAGUUUGUGUUUUCAUGCAAGUCCGCCAGAUCUAGAAGCAUACUUCCGUUUUAGCCUAGUGACUUGAGAGUUCAGUGAUGAUAAAUUGCACGGUCAAAUGUGAGAACUUGCUCACAUGAAUUCGCUUCAGGCCACGGAAGUUAACCUUAGGAAAUACUGUUUGAGAGAAGAAAGUAAUACCAACAAAACUACAAAAGGUGCCCUAAUCAGUGCUGUGCUCAGACUAUAAAGAAUUCCUUCUAAAGUCAGGCAUGGUAGUGCAUGCCCAAAUCCCAACACUUGCGACUUAAAACAUGUAUAUGUUUUAUAUAUAGAUAAUAUAUAUACACAUGUUCAAAUGGGGGACGCAAUACUAAAGCGAAGUUAAAUUUCAUGUAACUAGGUUUUUUAAUGGAUUCCAAGUAUGGGUUGGGUUGUUUUUGAAUAGUGAGAGAUGAGUUUACCCCAGUCAUAAUAUAAACCUGAUACAGGCUAAAGGAUGACCUAAGGUUCUGCUGGCUGGCUCCAUGGGACCUCUCGCUCCUGGCUGCGUGAAUUUCUGACAGUUGACAAGUUCUUCACAUAUGCACUCUGUCACAUACCAAGUAAUGAUGCGGCCACAUGGCACGAUAUGUUGAAAUGAAUUCUGCUUCUUUCCCCCCUUUUUUUUUUCUUUAGAUAAUUCUAAGACAGGAUCUUGCUGUGUAACUCAGCGGCCUUAAACUCUUGAUUGUCCUGCCUCAGCCUCCCAAGUAACUCAGAUUAUAGGCAUGCCCAGCUUGAAUGUGUAUUUUGUUUCUAUUAGUGUUACUAGUUAAGAGUUUUAACUCUUCAAGUACUCUUCACUGGCUAAAUAAAAUAAAUAUCUCAGAAAAUAGAACUUCUGUCAUAAAAAUGGUCAAACGACCAUACCUCUGCUUUCUUCAGGUUCUGGGAGGUGUUGGGCUUUUGAAGAAGCAUAGGCCAUGAUUAUGUUGUGACAGGGGCCCUGAGGCAACCAGCACAGUUGAGGUCAGGGAGCCUGGUGCUGACCCUGGGAACCCACAUGCUUCAGGCUUGCGUUCUGGGCUCCUGCUAAGUGACCAACUUAGAAGCAGAGCACCCUUCUAAACACUGGUUCUGUGGGCCAUUCGAGCCAACAUUGUACCAUCUUUUAACAUCACCAGGAAAGGGGUUGGUGGCCAUAUUUAUUACACAAUGAUUGCCAAGGUUUUGUGUCGUAAGGAACUGAGAAUUUGUAGCUAGGGCUCAGAGAGCUAGAGUAAGGUAGCCCUUUCCUGGUUUUUAGGCAUAUGAACUCUAUAGCUUGGUGGUGGCUUCACUGCUGUCCUACUGACUUAAAGUAGCAAUUGGAUAAAACCCCUGGUAUGUUCCUGUGCAAUAAUGACAAUGGUGCAGAUUAGAACGAGAGUUAAAGCUAGGGGGCUGUGGGUAGGUGAAUAGGGAAAGUUGCAUGUCACAGAGGGGACUGAAUGUAUCUGGCUCACAUACAGUCCGAACAGUCCUGUCUUCACAUCCAUUAAUGAUUCACUAGCCCCCAGUCCUAAGACAGUUCUCAUCUCCUACUUUAAGAAACAGUAGAACUGUUCCUUGGCAGCAAACUUCUGCCAGAGUACUGUGAAUUCCUUGCCUUCCAAGUUCUGUACUGAGCAUUUCAUGUCUUUUAGAAAAACUUCCUUUGGAAAGCCGUGGAGAAAGCAAAUUAGGAAGAGAGAGAAGGAAGAAGUUAUUGCGUGGGUAAGGAACAAGGUACUGACAGUCUGGGUUAAAGUAUUUUGAUAGAAGUAUUUAAUCUGCUCACAGGGUUAUAAGGAUUCUUUUAGAAGUUAAGAUUUUAAUCUGCUAGCUACAUGUCUAAGUGAAGCUAUGCCAUUAUCUCUUUGGGAGGCAGCUUUUGUUAAUGUUCUGUAUUCCAUGGAGAAAAGUUUUGUAGAAGUUACAGCCAGUGGUCCCUUUCUGUCCAGUGCUGGUAAUGAGCAGGGCUGUAAGAGGCCAGCAUCCUGAUCUUUAGCUACAGAAUCUGCUGCUGCCUCUGUACAGAGCAGCCUGUGAGGACAAUAAUGCUAAUGUGGCCCAUUAUUGUAUUGGGGACUUGGAAUCAACGUUUGUGUGCUCUGAUUCUUUGGUGAGAGGUGGCACAGCAUUAGUGGCUUUCCACCCAUUCCCUUGGAUGCCUUUAAACUUGACGGAGAAUGCUGUCUAAGUCACUUGGAGAUGGUUACAUUCCUCAUAGCAUACUGUGCUGCUAGGGCUCUCAUUCCAAGUCUUCUGACUUCAUUGCAUUGGAAUUGCUUUUCCAUAAUUUCCAACAUUCCAUAAAUAUUUGUAAAAGACAAAGGAAUGUGCUUCUUUAUUCUUUUCAUAUAAGUUCCUUUGUACAUAUGACUUCCUUCCUUGCCUACAUUAUGAAGGAGAGAAGAAACAGCUCCCUUGCGUGGUUACUCCAGAGUUAAAAAGAUUUGUGCAUGUCUGAAGGGUUGGGUAUAUUUUGUAAAAUUCUAAAUACAUUUGUAUUUCUGUGCAGUUCAGAAGUUUACCUUUUUACUUAUACUAAUUAAAGAUACAGAAACUAUAUAUUUAAAUCAUGUAAAUGGAACACGAUUUAGGGGGGUUUUCCAUUAUUUUUCACCAGCUUC